CCCAUGUCGAGUCCUGGAAACUACAAUUACCAAAGGGCCAUAGGUUCCUGGGCGGUUUCUCUUUUCCAUCGAGUGAAACGUCUGAGCUUGCUUCUGAGGGAUCACCUUGACUGGCCAUCAAGCUCAGCACCGCCCCAUCCCACGAUUCAGCUGCCAUCGAGAUGGGGACCAGCCAGUCUGUGUGCUUCCCUCCGGUCUCAGGACCCCACCUUGUAGGCUGUGGGGAUGUGAUGGAGGGUCAGAGUCUCCAGGGGAGCUUCUUUCGACUCUUCUACCCCUGCCAAGAGGCAGAAGAGACUGCGGAGCAGCCCCUGUGGAUUCCCCGCUCUGAGUACUGUGCUGCCCUGGCCGAUUACCUGCAGUUCAAUAAGCGCUGGGGCGGGUUGCUCUUCAACCUGGCCAUGGGAUCUUGUCGCCUGCCUGUUAGCUGGAAUGGCCGCUUUAAGACGAAGGACUCUGGCUACCCCUUGAUCAUAUUUUCCCAUGGCCUGGGAGGCUUCAGGACUUUGUAUUCAGCCUUCUGUAUGGAGCUGGCCUCCCGUGGCUUUGUGGUUGCUGUGCCGGAGCACAGAGACCAGUCGGCUGCGACUACCUAUUUCUGCAAGCAGGUCCCGGAGGAGAAUCGGCCCACCAAGGAGUCCCUGGAGGAGGAAUGGAUCCCCUACCGUCGAAUUGAGGAAGGGGAGAUGGAGAAGGCAUUCCAUGUUCGGAAUCCCCAGGUGCAUCAUCGGGUAGGGGAGUGUGUGCGGGUAUUGAGGAUCAUGCAGGAAGUCACUGCUGGGAGGACUGUCCUCAACAUCUUGCCUGGAGGGUUGGAUCUGAUGACCUUGAAGGGCAGCAUUGACCUGAGCCGCGUGGCUGUGAUGGGACACUCAUUUGGAGGGGCCACCGCUGUUCUGACUUUGGCCAAGGAGGCCCAGUUUCGAUGUGCUGUGGCCCUGGAUGCCUGGAUGUUUCCUCUUGAGCGUGACUUUUACCCCAAGGCCCGGGGCCCUGUGUUCUUCAUCAAUACCGAGAAGUUCCAGACAGCGGAGAGUGUCAACUUGAUGAAGAGGAUUUGCACCCACCACGAGCAGUCCAGAAUCAUAACUGUCCUUGGUUCUGUUCACCGGAGUCAAACUGACUUUGCUUUUGUGACGGGCAGCUUGCUCGUGAAGUUCUUAUCCACUCAAACCCGUGGGAGUCUGGACCCCUAUGAAGGUCAGGAGAUCAUGGUGCGGGCCAUGCUGGCCUUCCUGCAGAGGCAUCUUGACCUGAAAGAAGAUUAUGAUCAGUGGAACAGCUUCAUCGAAGGCAUUGGACCGUCCCUCACGCCUGGGGCUCCACGCCAUCUGUCUAGUCUGUAGGCACAACUGGCCAUUUGUGAAGGUCACUCGAGCUGAGCUUCCCAGGGCACCCAUAACCUGUCAGGAAGGAAGGUCCACAGGACCCUCUUUCACAGAUUGAGAGGAUUAAUCACACUGCUGAUUGGAUAGCUGGGUUCUUUAAUGUCGGACUUGUUGAUCUUAAACUCACAUUGGGACAGGGACCAUUAACUGAUCGACAGACUCCUUUUCUGGGAUCUGAGCCCUGAUGGUGUGGGGAACAAGCAGAGGGGUGGAGCUAGGGAAGAGCCGGACCCCAGGCUGAGCCCUGUGAGGCUGGGAUGUGAAGACUCAGCCUGCUGAGCCCGCCCCGCACCUUGGGCCAGCGUUGCUUCCUUUGUGGGAACGAUGAAGCCGAUGAAGCCGUAGGACAAAUCUUCAGGGCCUCCUGUCCAUCCUGGCACUGCCUCUCCCCGCCUCUCAAGGGCCACUUGGUGACUUCAGAAGCACUUUAGGUAACUUUCACGGAUAUGGGCCUUUACCAGGUUCGCCAUUGAUCUUCAGUUUCUCAUUUCGUGAAGCACAGUACUGGGCCUCGGGUAUACCUCCACCGUGGGAGGCAAACGGUAUUGUUCUUGGUAUUGUUCUCAUAAUACAGGGGGAGUCUCUGAGGCACAAAGGGGUAUUGCAGAGCUCUGGAUGUCUUGGGGGCUUUGCCAAAAGUGUGUCUCGACAGGGAGCAGAUGGGUAGUUGAUUUGGGCAGAGAGAAGAGCAGUGCGGUGUCACCUUCACACAGGUCCUUGUCACAGAGGGAGGAAGUUUGGUCAGCAGACUCAGGAGGCCACUCCUAGGGAAGUGCAGGAUCAGCUUGGUUUUGCCUGUUACCUGAGAUACCAUGAACCGCCAACGUGCUCAGAAGCAGGGUGCUUUGGUCGUCUUUUUAUCCCCCCCCAUCAGACCCUCACCCCAAUAAGUCAAGGUACAGAUGAAAUUUCUAUUUGUUCCAUUUAUAAUUCGAAUGAUAUCGAUAUUCAUGUUUGCCUAAUGAUAGGUUGGAAUAUUCUCUCUUUAAUCUGCAUUGGAGCAAGAUGGGGAGCCAUCUGGAAGUGACUUUUCCUUCUGUCUUUCUUUGUUCGCUAACCACGUGGACCCCUGUGAAACAGUCUUUAUAAGGAAAGGAACACUCCUAGGAAUCUAGUUCACCAGCCUGAAACUCCAUCUCCCCUUCAGGGCUUCUCACCGCAGUCCAGGGAGGGGAUCCAGUGAAGGCAGGAGCAGAAGGGAAACGAGGCUACACAAUAGUCGAGGUCAGGGUCACAAGCGAGCUGGAGGUGGGGCGCCGUGGUACACACCUGUAAUCCCAUUGGCCCAGGAGGCUGAGGCAGGAGGCUUGCAAGUUCAAAGCCAGCUUCAGCAAUUUAGACCCUGUCUCAAAAAAUAAAAAGGGCUGGGGGGCCGGGGGUGUA